AUGGGCUGCGUCAAUUAGAGGUAAGAAGCAUGGACGAAGAAGGCGGGACGCCUGGCAGGGUUAGCGAGCUCUCUGAGCUGUUCAGAGAGCUGCAGCUGUUGAGACUGAAGUACGACCAACUCGUAGACGUCUGUCUGAAGCUUACCGAAAGCUGGAGCCAAGAGAACGAAAUGACAAGCCACCCCAAAAAAGAUUUGCCACUGAAAGUUGCAAGAAAGCUGCAAAAUCGAGAAGUGAGACGGAACUACCAGUAUGUAGCUGUAGUGAGGCACAAAGGUGGUGGGACUGAGAACAAGAGAAAAGGCAGUCCAGUAUCCUCACUGGCUCCCAGGAGGUUGGAGAAUGCUUCAAAAAUGAUGGAAGUUGCUUCAUCGAGCACCAAAUCUUUAACGACUUCGUCAGUUAAUCAUGAAGAUGCUGAGGAAGAUGAGGAAACACAAUUCCAACUAAGCAGAGAUGGGUCAAAACUGCGGAUGCCUUCUAAAUACACUGCACUCCAAACUACCAUACUGAGGUUUCGGGACCAAGUCUCAUCCCAGACCACUACUGACCCCUCUACUGCAGCUAUGAAACAACACUUUGUCAACAGAUUACUACCUAAAGGUAGUUGUGUGUCUCACAGAGCUCUGCAACUGGAGCUAGCCAGACAAGAGUACAAGCUACUGACAGAUGAAGCAAAGAAUCUCUUGGGUGGUGAGGCAGAUGUAACCAGUGCAAGAGAGAAGCUGGAAGCAAUUGUCAACAGAGCCAGUGCAGUUGAAGACAUUACUGAAUCGAGCAAGCAGCAAAAUGCAACAAUGGACAAAACGAACCAAGAGACUUCUAGAGAUACUUCUCGUCUUCAGACAAGAAAUAGUACAAGUUGGGAAGAACGCUCUGCGUCGCGGACUCCAGACAAUGGACCACUGGUGUACUCAACACUGACAGAGCUACUGCAGUUGGUAGAGGCAGAAAACAGACUCAGAAUGGCCAGAAUAGAGACGCAACUUCUCAAGUUCUGCACAGAAGUCGUUCUACCGAAGUACCAGCUAACUCAACAUCAGGAGUUGAGUACAACUUCAGUGCAGAUCCUAAGCGAGCUGGCAGGAAGACCAAAACCAAUCUUUAUCCGUGAUGACUAGGGGCAUUCUUAUACAAACAAUUUCAAUGGUUAAUAAAUUAUUUGACACAAUAUAAACCACAAAGACACUCUAAACAUCACAACACACAACACCUGGACUCGUUGGUAUACUUUCUCUUUAUGAACCUAUCGGCUACAGUCAGCAUGUCCCUAGCCAGGUCCACCAUACAUUUGGUGGCCUUCUCGAAUCCCCUAUCUCUUUCUCCCCACACCUUCACACCUCGCCUACCCUCGUGAAAGUUUGUGACAAAGUAGAUGCUCUGUCGCGUGAGGUGAAGGUCCUCGAAUGCUUGCAGGACCUUGUCUUUCUUGUGUCCCACCUCCACUUCAAAGUUGAAACCUUGCCUCAGAGCUUCUUGGUGGAUUAGAUCCAGACAAGUCACUACUAUGAUUGGUUCAUAGCCUGUGCAGUGGGAUAUAGCGGGUACACGUAAUGAGUCAGCAGAGGGAAUAGAGGGGAGCGGGAAAUAGUGAAACUAAAACUUUGGGACACCCAAAGUGUACGUUAUAUUCAGAGGACUAAAUUACACUAAUGUAUAAUUUUGGAGCAGAAAAAAGCGUCCUUCAUAGAGUGGUGUCCUCUAUAACUAGACGUGAAUGAAAAAAGUGAGU